AUGUAUUACCAUGUAUUGCCGUGUAUUGCCAUGUAUAGCCAUGUAAUGCCAUGUAUACCCAUGUAUAGCCAUGUAUUACCAUGUAUAGCCAUGUAUAGCAAUGUAUACCCAUGUAUAGCCAUAUAUUACCAUGUAUACCCAUGUAUUGCCAUGUAUAGCCAUGUAUUGCCAUGUAUUACCAUGUAUAGCCAUGUAUUACCAUAUAUACCCAUGUAUAGCCAUGUAUACCCAUGCAUAGCCAUGUAUUACCAUGUAUAGCCAUGUAUAGCCAUGUAAUGCCAUGUAUACCCAUGUACUGCCAUGUAUAGCCAUCUAUAGCCAUGUAUAGCCAUGUAUAGCCAUGUAUAGCCAUGUAUUACCAUGUAUAGCCAUGUAUAGCCAUGUAUAGCCAUGUAAUGCCAUGUAUAGCCAUGUAUUACCGUGGAUAGCCAUGUAUAGCCAUGUAUUGCCAUGUAUUACCAUGUAUUACCAUGUAAUGCCAUGUAUAGCCAUGUAUUACCAUGUAUUGCCAUGUAUAGCCAUGUAUUACCAUGUAUACCCAUGUAGAGCCAUGUAUUGCCAUGUAUUACCAUAUAUUGCCAUGUUUUGCCAUGUAUAGCCAUGUAAUGCAAUGCAUAGCCAUGUAUAGCCAUGUAUUACCAUGGAUAGCCAUGUAUAGCCAUGUAUUGCCAUGUAUUACAAUGUAAUGCCAUGUAUAGCCAUGUAUACCCAUGUAUAGCCAUGUAUAGCCAUGUAUUACCAUGUAUACCCAUGUAGAGCCAUGUAUAGCCAUGUAUUGCCAUAUAUUACCAUAUAUUGCCAUGUAUUGCCAUGUAUAGCCAUGUAAUGCCAUGUAUACCCAUGUAUAGCCAUGUAUUACCAUAUAUUGCCAUGUAUAAACAUGUAAUGCCAUGUAUACCCAUGUAUAGCCAUGUAUAGCCAUCUAUUGUUAUGUAUAGCCAUGUGUUACCAUGUAAUACUAUGUAUUACCAUGUAUUGCCAUGUAUUACCAUGUAUAGCCAUGUAUUACCAUGUAUUGCUAUGUAUAGCCAUGUAUUACCAUGUACUGCCAUGUAUACCCAUAUAUUACCAUGUGAUACUAUGUAUUUCCAUGUAUUUUUAUGUAUUACCAUGUAUUCCGAUGUAAAGCUUUGUAUAGCUAUGUUUUGCCAUGUAUUGCGAUGUAUUACCAUGUACAGGCGUGUAUUGCCAUGUACUACUAUGUACAGGCGUGUAUUGCAAUGUAUUGCCAUGUAUUGUCAUGUAUUACCACGUAUUGCCAUAUAUAGCCAUGUAUUACCAUGUGUUACCGUGUAUUGCCAUGUAUAGCCAUGUAUUACUAUGUAUUAGCAUGUAUUGCCAUGUGUUGCCAUGUAUAGCCAUGUAAUGCCAUGUAAAGCCAUGUAUUGCCAUGUAUUACCAUGUAUUGCUAUGUAUAUCCAUGUAUUACCAUGUACUGCCAUGUAUAGCCAUGUAUACCAUGUACUGCUAUGUAUUACCAUGUAUUACUAUGUUUUGCUAUGUAUAGCCAUGUAUUGCCAUGCACUGCCAUGUAUAGCCGUGUCCUGUCAUGUACAGCCAUGUACUCCCAUGUAUUACAUGUAUUGACACGUACUGCGUUUAUAGCCAUGUAUUGCUAUGUAUUGCUAUUUAUUACCCUGUAUUGCUAUGUAUUGCCAUUUGUAGCCAUGUGUUGACCAUGUAUGUCCUAACUUGGAGUAAAGUCAGUGAAUGGAAAGUCUUUUUUUUGUCUCUUACAUAGUUUAGACAAGACCUAGUGUAUUGCGAACUUCCAUUAAAAUAGAUUUUGUAAGGUUUAUUUGAAAGAGAAUGAAAUCUCACUCUUCAGGCAAUUGAGCCGUCUUUCAUAACUUUUUAGAAUAGCCUUUUAAUAUUAAGGAUAGAUAGUUAUACAAUCAAUGAUGUGAAUGCUACGCGCGCUGUGAUUGGUCGUUGCCCAUGAUCUAUUAGAGUACAGAUACAUGGAUGACGUCAAGGGAAACUUGUUUUCUUUGUUUUGUUCAAAAUGGCCCGCGGUUUUGAAAAUGUUUGUGAGAUUAUUUCGGGUUGAGGCAAGUGAAAGCUUCGGGAAAAGUUUAGCUAUUUACAAAGAAGAAAAAUGGAGAAACAGAGACCAAAAAAGCUAUUGACUACUUGAGAAUGCCUAAACUACAAGAAAUCUUCACAACAGUUGCCAUCGUGUGUCUUCGCUACAAGAGACUCGCUGUUUUGCAAAAUGUUUUCGCUAUUCUUCUUCUUUGAGCAAGAAAAGACGGUGAAAAACUUUUCGAAGAAACUGUACACAAGUAAGAUAAAGAAGAAGCUAAGAUGAAAAGUUGGGUUUGGGACUUAAAAAAUGCCUAAACUAGCACAAAUCCUCAAAAGGUCAAGCGGUUCGAGGCAGGUAUGUGUAUCGGUCUUUUUCUUUUCUGAUCAUUGUAUAAAACAAAUAGAUUCCAUGUUGCCGUGGGUCUGUUCAGUAAUAGAUCACAGAGGACGUCAAAAUGUAGUAAAAACAACAGUGACACACUCGCCUGUGGCCCGUGUGCCACUUCUUUGUUUUUACGACAUUUUGACGUCAUCUGUGAUCUAUUACUGAACAGACGCACAGCAACAUGGAAUCUAUUUGUUAAAUAGAUAGUGUCUCAGUUGAUAAAACAUAACAGCUAGAACUCGGGGGUACGUUUGAUUUCAAACGAAAAUGAAGGCUUAAUAUCUGAAAAAAGCAUGGUUUUAAAAUGUAAGAAUGAUAAUAGUCCUACAUUGUAGGACUAUUUAAAGCAUUGUCGUAUUGUACGGAGUCCCGUAAGGGUUAUGCAAAUUUACAGUCUCGUUUUCUGGUCUCGCGACUUUUUUUAUUCGCGACAUUCUAUUUUUUUGCGAGUUUUUUUUCGUGGCAUUUUACUUGUCGUGUCUUUCUUUCGCGACUUUUGUUUCGACUGUUUUCAUCGCUGCCAGCUCAGAGACGUAGUCAAUUGCAGAAAAUAGUAGCGACAUUGUUGUAACUGGUUUAUUGCCCCUAAAUAAAGCAGUUCUACCAAGGUAUUUAAUGUAGGAUAAUCGUAUCAAUGGAUGCUUUCAUUUAAGACUUUAACAUCGAGAAGUCUUAGCCUUUAGCCUUUGUUUGGCUCUCAUAUGGAAUUGCUUCAAGUUUGCGUUAACUUAAGAGUAUUUAGGCUCGCAGAUAACUACCGCUCACUAUGAAGGUCGAAGAAAAAAAUUGCUGAAAGUAAGGUCUCGAAACCAGAAAAUGAGAGAGCAAAUUUACGUGGCCCUUACCGGAUUCGGUAGUAUUGACAUUAAAAUGAAUAAAGCUAUACGAGAACGGGUAGGGGGAGAUGAAAGCGAGCUUACCCAGCCCUUAAAUUGAUCUCGCACUUGUUUUUAGAAGAGACUAAUCUAGUUGUACAGCUUGUGUGAAGGAUUACACAGAAUGGAAUAUAAAAGGUUGUCACUUAAGAACUAGCGGCAUUCUUGUAACGCGACUAGCUGAGUCAUGAAGAGCUCUCUCUACAUCAACCAAAGGUGUUGCGGGAGGCUAUAACGACAAACAGAGGAUGCGUGUUCAGUAACAGGCAAUAAUAGCAAGGUUAAAGUUUUAACAUGUGUGCGCUAACAGUUUUUUCGGGGACCAAGGGACUUGCGUUGUUAAAAUCCUUGAAUUUCAAUUACGGAAUCUAAAAAAAUAUAACACUUGAGAAAACGCGAAAAUUAAACUUUAAAAACAACGAACCUCCAUUGAAACACAGAAACACACCAAACGGAUCGAAAUCCACCAAUUUAAAAACCAUGAACCAUGACCUUUUGAAUCCCUUGAAGUAAACUUCUGUUGUCCAUGAGAUCAGAUGCAGAAAGGGCAGAGACUUCAGAUUUUUAUUGGUAAUGAGAAAAAAGCGGAUAUUUUUUAAUAAUUUUCUAAUAUUUGAAAUUAUGUAAUAAUGAAAUAAUCAGCAUGUCACUAGCGUGGAACAAAGAAAAAAUCUGAGUGCUCAACAAGAUGCGUACAUAUGACAUCCAUACACAAGGCGGGCGCUCUCUAUCCAUUUUGAACUACUGAGAACUCAUGAAGAGCGAGGCCAUAUACUAUACAUAUAUAUAUCUUUUUUUUUUGCCGAUGUUGGCGUUUCGAAGACAUCAAUUUUUCCGCACGUUGCAGAACUAUCAAUUCCUGUAGUGACUGGAAGUGACUCGCUGAAAACAUAAAUAAAUGGGUGGAGAGGAUGGCUGUGAGGGGAGGGUUAAGUCCACCACAAGGACCAACGUCACAGUCUGGACAUUUCAAACAUACCUCCCUAGAUUCUAUUAAUAAAUUGAUUAUUCAGUUGAAAAAUGAGUCCCUUAGUCGUUCCCUCUAAUAGUGUUAAAUUCAAAUCGGCAUUCCUACAUGCGUAAAGAACAGUGAAUAUUUCAAGAAAACAUCAGAACCUCUUUAUUUGAACAGAUUUAUAACAAUUUUAACGGCAUAUAAUUUGUUUAUAAAUUCAGGACAACUAGGCCGGCAAAAAUUUCACCACUGACUCCCGCGUAAAUUCACAGUAUUGCAGAAAUCAAUCUAAAAUCUGAAAAGAGGAUUUUCUAUGGUCUCAAGUUAGCACAAUACCGUAACAUUCAGAAAAGAAGCCCCUCAAUUUAUAAACCCAUCCGAUUUUUCAUGGCAAUACAUGGUAACGUAUGGGUAUACAUGGCAAUACAUGGCUAUACAUGGCAGUACAUGGUAAUACAUGGCAAUACAUGGCAAUACAUGGCUAUACAUGACAGUACGUGGGCAUACAUGGCAAUACAUGGUAAUACAUGGCUAUAUACAUGGCAGUACAUGGUAAUACAUGGUUAUACAUGGCAAUACGUGGCAAUACAUGGCUAUAAAUGA